AUGCCGCCAUCCCAAACCCUCCCCCCUCUCCCCCUCCCAAAACCACACCCCUCCACAUCAUCCACAUCCACCCGCUGGCUCGCCAUCCAAACCCGCGACCCAAGAUACACCAGCACCUUCGUAUACGCCGUCCUCACCACGAAAAUCUACUGCCGCCCAACCUGUCCCGCGCGCCUCGCCCGACGAGCUAACGUUCGCUUCUACGAUACAGCCUCGCAGGCCGAGCGCGCAGGGUUUCGCCCCUGUAAGCGCUGCAAACCCGAGAUUGUCAUCGACAAUAACAACAACCACAACUUGUUGGGGGCGAAUAUCCAGAGAGCAUGUCAGACAAUCCGGGCUUCUGUGCAAGCGGGCUCGAAACCGACGUUGCGGAUGCUGGCGGCGGAGGCGGGACUGACGCCGAGUCAUUUUCAUAGGGUGUUUAAGAGGGUUGUGGGCGUUACGGUGGGGAGGUAUGUGGGUGAUAUUGUCAUGAAAGGGAAGAAGGGGAUGGGUGGUGAUGGGGAGGGAGCGUGUAGGGAUUGGGUUGGUGGAGAGAGUGAUGGAUGUGGUGGUCAUGGAAAUGGGGCUGUUCUGUGGAAUGACUUUGAUGUUUUGCUAGCCGCUGAGGAGGACGAUGGGUUCAUGGUUCCUGCUAGUACUGUUGCUAUGCAGGAUGUACACCCGGUGCAAGAUCAUGAGGAACUUCUGGCUUGGCGUGCAGUGGGUUCUUACGGCGUUGGCGUUGGGGGAGGGUGUUCGGUUGAUGAAACGCUUGCAUUGGGUGAUGGAGCGCUGUAG